CUUUCAUUGUACAUACCAUCUUCAAAACCACUAAAAAGAAAUGCAACCUUGCUUAAUAAAAGAACACGUCAGUCGCAAGAGAAAAAGAUGUGAAAAGACAGUCAGGUUUGAUGUAGACCAUGUUGUCAUUAUCGAUACAUAUUCGGCCAUGGAUUAUGACCGUGGAUCUAUAUUUUCUUUUCCAAUUCAAUACAAAAUCAACCCUGCUAUUCUGGCUAAUACAAUACCCAAAAACAAGCCUAAAUCCAGCAGUCCAGAUAUUGAAACACCUACAACACCUAGUAUUGACAAAAGAAAGAAACCAAAAUUGACUGUAAACACAAGCGUGUGUAUGGGUGGUCCACUCUUUUUUACCAAGCUUUCAACCAAUCAUGUCAGGCACAGAGUUGGUAGUGAUGAAGAUGAAACAGAUGAAGAUGAUAGUGUAAACGAUUAUUUGGUGCCUAUUACAACACCCUCAACAUCACAUCCUACAUUUACCUUUUAAUUUCUAUACCUCUUACUAAUUUUAAUUCUUUCUCUCUUAUUGUUCUCUCCUUGACAUUACCUCCCUAUAAUAUAUUAUUUACACUCACAUACGCGCCAUAGUCGACUCGCUUUUCUUGUAUUCUCCUCACAGGCUUUUGUAUAUCUGAUUUUGUAUAUAGCUUGAUCCUAUUUUUGUUUGUUUACACAAGAAAAUUUUUUCUUAACCCUGUUUUGUACACCUUUUCUAGUUCUUUAGAGAUGUUGGCCAUGUACCGGGAUUUAACAAUUUCUU